AUGGAUGCUUUCAAUUUUGGCACUGAAAAAAUGGAUAACAGAGUGAUUCUGAUAUUCCACAGUUUCAAAAACGUCGCAAAGCUUUUUCGAAUCGUUGAGCUUUGUGUUGGAGUUUUUGUGCUCUUAUGGAGUUCUACUCGCUUGCCUUUUGCUGUAAAAAUCUCCAGCGAGUAUUUCCGGCAACUUAUUGCUACAAUACUUAGCCCUCUUUUCAUUUUCCUUAUUAGCAACGUCAUCGUUCUCACUCUCUUCUUCAAAUCCAGCCGAUUUUCUGGCGAUUCCUCAACUGUUUGUAAUAGCACUGAAACUGAACUCUACAACUCAUUCGUUCAAAAGGAAGAAGACCGCUCCGGCAAUCUCACCGCCGGAAACUCUUCUUCCGUGCUGGAGCAUCGGGAAGAGACAGUCUACCAAGACAAACGGACUAUACUUGAAGCGAAUGCUCAGACGACUGCGGAAUCAGAUGGUUCCGAAGAAACAGAGAAGGAAACUGGAAAGGAAUUUUGUUCACAAAUUCCACGGAGAACUAAAUCGGAGAAAUUUGAAAGGGGAAGUAACAAGGAUAUAUACGGAAAGCUACGUAGAUCGGAGACGGAGAAGUGCCGGAAAAUGGAUAACUCCGGUGAUUCAUCGGAAACGGUAUAUCCAGUUGAUGAAUUAAGCAAUGAGGAGUUUCAGAAAGCCAUUGAGGAUUUCAUUGCCAGACAAAUCAAAUUUCAUCAGGAAGAGAAGUUAGCUAUUGUUCUUCAUAGCUAA